UCCCUUUCUCUUGUCUCUGUCUCUCUCUCUGUCUCUCUCUUUCUCUCGCCCCCACCAGAACUAGAAACUAAGGAAGAAGCCAAACACCCUCUUUUGCUCUUGUUUGUUCCUACAUACCACCCUGUUCAUAUUUUGGCAUAUCUUAAACAGUGCUUGUUAGUUGUUAUAGUUAUACGUUAGAAAAAUGGCUUCACCAUCCGAACUAACCCUUGAUUGCAAGCCCCAUAGCUAUUCCAUGUUACUGAAAUCAUUUGGAGAUCAAACUGAUCAGACAUACAAGCUUGAAGAGUUCCUUUCUCGCCUUGAGGAAGAACGUCUCAAGAUUGAUGCUUUCAAGCGUGAGCUUCCUCUCUGCAUGCAACUUCUUACCAACGCCAUGGAGGCUUCAAGGCAGCAACUUCAGGCCUUCAGAGUAAAUCAAAACACAAGGCCUGUUCUUGAAGAGUUCAUACCCAUGAAGCAAUUAACCUCAGAAAGCUCAGAGAAGACAACAAAUAUAUCUGAUAAGGCAAAUUGGAUGACAUCUGCUCAACUAUGGAGCCAAGCAAGCGAAGGAACCAAACAACAAUCCACAGUUACAUCACCUAAAGAAGCUGAUAUUGGCUUCAGCAUCAGCCCUAAGCUAAAUAUUCUAGAGCACAAACAGAGGAAUGGGGGAGCCUUUCUCCCAUUCUCAAAAGAACAACGAAACACAUGCCAAGACUCUGCAUUUCGGGCUCUCCCUGAGCUAGCCCUUGCCUCUGCUGAGCAAGAAAUGGAGGAGAAGAAACGUGCAGAGCCAGAAAAGGGAGUUUCAUGUCAGAAGAGGGAGAAUUCAGGAAAUGAUGUAGCGGUAGUUGAUCAAGGAAAAGGGAGUCCAGUUCCAUCUCAUGCACAAACAAACACUACUAACCAAACUCAUAGGAAAGCAAGAAGGUGCUGGUCCCCAGAUUUGCACCGUCGAUUUCUUAAUGCUCUUCAAAUGCUCGGUGGAUCUCAAGUGGCAACCCCAAAACAGAUUAGGGAGUUGAUGAAGGUGGACGGUUUGACAAAUGAUGAAGUUAAAAGCCAUCUUCAGAAAUAUAGGCUUCACACAAGAAGACCCAGUCCAAGUCCACAAACAGGUGCACAACCACCACAGCUUGUGGUUCUAGGAGGAAUCUGGGUCCCACCGGAAUAUGCCGCCGCCCAUACAGCCACCACUGCCCUCUAUGGCGCGCACCCUUCCUCCCACGCGCCACCACCGCAUUACUGUGCUGCAACCCCAGUGCCCCAAGAGUUCUACACCACCGCGCCGCAGCAGCAGCUGCUUCCGCCGCCUCUGCCGCACCACAACGCCUUCCGUCAGCAUCGCCACCACCUGAACAUGUACAAGACUACGCCACACGGCCAGGGCUCGCCGGAAUCCGACUUUCCCGGAGGUGGGGAUCCGUCGGAGAGUAUUGAGGAUGGGAAGUCGGAGAGUAGCAGCUGGAAGGGAGAGAGUGGUGAGAACGAAGGGGAGAGAAAAGGGUUGGCUGAGGAGAGCAAUGGGAGUGAGAUCACUCUCAAAUUCUAGGGUUUUAUGAUUUUAGAAUUAGGGUUUUCCUUGCAUGCUCCUCCCAUGCACCUUGAUAUAUUCAUCAUUCAACAAGAAUGGGGGAAAAAUAAAUAAACUAAUUAAAUAGAACAAAAUAUAUUAGGUGUUCUUGUUACAUAUAUUUCUGUAGUAAAGAUUGAGUGAAGUUGGUACAAAGGCCAUUAAAGUGAGCAUUUGUUUUGUUUUGCUAUGCAAGGAAGAAUUGGAUUUUGACUCUUGUCAUUUUCUGGGUUACGAAAUUGCCCUUAAUUUUUUUAAAUGAUAAUAAUAUUCACAACAGAGUCUAUGGAAGUAUUUUCCCAACCCCAAAUAUUUUUGAAGUCCGAGUUUGUUAAUUAGUGAUUAAUAUUUAGGUUUUAUAAGAGUUAUGUUGUAGAAAAAGUGACUGUUUAAUGUUAUAGAGAUUCGUUU